CGCCGCCGCUGCUCAGCGAUGAGAGUGAAAACAGCAGCAAAAUCUGAAGGGAAGAAAAGAAGAAUGAAAUUUGGUAUGUGCGAUUGUGUUUAAAAACAAGAAAAAUCUCCAAUUUUGCCACUAAAAACUAAAGAAAAUUGUGUUAAACUGAACAGCGGUAGCGUAUUUUGCCGGUCAUCAUUGAAUUACGUAGAUCUGCGGUUUGGUCACGGGUUAAUUUCGCUGGUUCCGUUUACGACGCGUUUCUUCGGUGGCUGCAACCAAGAAGACGAUAUCCGCCGUGUCGAUUCGUGUUUUUGUGUAUUAUGCUGUGAGGGAAAUACCGGCGCGGUCGGUUAGAUUGAAGGUUUUCCGGCGGCCCGGUUCUAGUGUGUGCGACGUUCGGUAAUUGGGCAUAGUGUCCGAGGUGAAGGAUUCGGCCGGGAAUUGGGUUUCGUGUUUCGAACAAUUGAAGUGAUGGAUGUCCAACAGUUAGAGUUGCUUUGCAAGCAAUUCUACGAAUCACAGGAUGCACAGGCGCGAGCUGAAGCCGAAAAGGCAUUGUACCUGUUUCAAGAAGAUCCGGAUGCACUCCCGAAGUGUCAGCAGUUGUUGGACCGAAGCAAUUCUGCCUAUUCGCAACUGCUAGCUGCAACCACUCUGACCAAGUUGGUUUCGAAGAACAUUCAAGCGCUAAGCCUGCAACAACGCGUCGACAUACGAAACUACAUCUUGAAUUAUUUAGCUACUCAUCCAAAUCUGCAGUCGUUUGUUAUCCAGGCUCUUAUUGCGCUGCUGGUGAAGAUCACGAAGCUGUGCUGGGUGGAUCUCUAUGAGAAUGAAUUCGUUUUUAGGAACAUUGUGCCAGAUGUGAAGGAAUUCCUGGGGGGAUCUGUGGAGCACUGUAUGAUAGGAGUGCAAAUAUUGUCCCAGCUGACGGUGGAAAUGAAUCAGUUGGCUGAGACUGCUUGCAAUCUCACCUUCAGCAAACAUCGAAAGAUUGCGUGCCUCUACAGGGACUCCCAGCUGUACGACAUAUUCAUCCUUUCCUGUACAUUGCUCAGUCAAGCCAAGGAUAAUUGCUGUCAGAAGCCCAAUUAUCUUGACGAAGCACAGCAUGGCUUGUUCACGCAUUUGCUCAGUCUGUCCAGAAACUGCCUCAGUUUCGAUUUUGUAGGAACUUCUGCUGACGAAUCAGCCGACGACAUGUCCACGGUUCACAUCCCCACCAAUUGGCGUCCGGCCUUUCUGGAGUCCGAUUCUGUAAAACUAUUUUUCGACCUUUACCAUGUUCUCCCAGCUCGGUUAUCCUGCUUAGCUCUUUCCUGCCUGGUUCAAAUAACCUCCAUCCGAAGGUCCAUAUUCAACAACAUGGAACGCAUCAAAUUCCUUGCCAAGCUGGUCAAAGGUGCCACAGACAUUUUGAAGAGCUCGCACGGUCUCAGCGAUCCGGAAAAUUAUCACGAGUUCUGUCGAUUGUUGGCUCGUUUGAAAUCCAAUUUUCAGCUUGGCGAGCUUGUCACUGUCGAGAACUACGCGGAAGCAAUCCAGCUUAUUGCCAAGUUCACCGUUCAGUCACUGCAAAUGUGGCAAUUUGCACCCAACAGCAUUCACUACCUUCUAUCGCUUUGGCAGCGUCUUAUUGCUUCCUUACCGUACGUGAAAUCUUCCGAACCUCAUUACCUGGACACUUACACCCCGGAGGUCACCAAAGCCUAUGUCACUUCGAAGCUGGAAUCGAUUCCGGUGAUCCUACACGAAGGCCUAGAAGAUCCGCUGGACGACACCGGCAUGGUUCAGCAACAGUUGGAACAAUUUUCCACAAUCGGUCGGUGUGAGUACGAAAAGACCUGCGCCCUCCUUAUUCAACUAUUCGACCAAACGGCCGGUCGCUAUCAGGAGAUCCUUUCCACCCCAGCUACCGCCAAUCACCUGGAUGUACAAAUUUGCGAGGGACAACUGACUUGGCUGGUGUACAUCAUCGGGGCCGCCAUCAGUGGCCGCAUAUCCUACACGCACGACGAUCACGACCUGUUGGAUGGUGACAUGAUCAUCCGGGUACUGCAGCUGAUGACGAUCACAGAUUCGCGUUUGCCACAGUGCGGCUGCGAGAAGCUGGAAUUCGCCAUCAUGUGCUUUCUGGAGCAGGUUCGCAAGGUGUACAUCAACGAGCACCUGCAGAAGCUUAAAAUGUUCAAGCGGCUGAGCGAAGUGUUGGGCGUGAACGAUGAAACCACACUGCUGACGGUCAUUAGUAGGAAGAUAAUUACCAAUUUGAAAUACUUUGGCCAUUCGGAGCAAAUUAUUCGGAAAACUUUAACACUGCUGAACGAUUUGACGCUGACAUUCAGCUCAAUUCGACGGUUGAUUAAACUGGACGAGAUUCAAUUUAUGCUAAACAAUCAUACGCGCGAGCACUUUUCCUUCCUCGGGACCGGCGCCGUCAGUGCGUCACGGUGUCGAAGCAUGUUCUACACCUGCCUCGGACGGUUGCUGAUGGUGGACCUCUCGGAGGACGUCGACCGGUUCAACACGUUCAUGAUGCCGCUGACGAAUACGAUCGAAAACAUGGUCAUGAUGAGCUUUCCCAGCGAGGAAGCGCGGAAGGAGCUGAUCGGGCUGUCACGCGAUCUCCGCGGUCUAAUGCAUGCGUUUAACUCCAAAAAUCCUUACAUGAUGCUGUUUGAUUGGAUAUAUCCGGACUAUUCGCCGAUUCUGAUCCGAGCAGUAGAACUGUGGGCUCAUGAUCCGGCGGUGACGACGCCAGUGUUGAAACUGUUUGCCGAGCUGGUGUACAAUCGGUCGCAACGGUUGCAGUUUGACGUUUCCAGUCCAAAUGGAAUUUUGCUAUUUAGGGAAACUUCCAAACUAAUUUGUUGCUACGGUGAACGAAUCCUGUCACUGGAUGUACCGAAGGAACAAAUUUAUCCGAUGAAGCUGAAGGGCUACGCCGUGUGCUUCCAAAUGCUAAAGGCAAUCCUCAGCGGAAACUACGUCAACUUUGGAGUGUUUAAACUGUAUGGGGACGAUGCACUGGACAAUGUGCUGAACAUGACCGCCAAGCUGAUACUGUCCAUCUCCCACGACGACAUACUGAUCUAUCCAAAACUAUCGCAAGCAUAUUACAUACUGAUUGAGUGUUUAGCUCAAGAUCACAUCACAUACCUGUCCACUUUGGAACCGCCAGUGUUUUUGUACAUUUUGGAGAGUAUAUCGAAGGGUCUCAAUGCUUUAGAUGUUCUGGUGGGUUCCGGUUGCUGUUCGACGUUAGAUUAUAUAGUGACGUACAUUUUUAAACAGUUGCAGCUAAAAGAAAAACACAUGCUACUGGUAACGACAUUCCCGAAUAAGAAGCUACGGCAGAGCGUCCUGCCGGAGAAUAACGUGUUUCUCAAGGUGAUGGAACUGCACCCGGAAAUCCUCCAGAACCUGUUAUCCACUCUGCUGAAUAUCGUGAUGUAUGACGACUGCAAGAACCAAUGGUCCAUGUCGAGGCCAUUGCUGGUGCUAAUACUGCUGUACGAGGAGUACUUCCGCCAACUUCGAGAAAACAUCGUCCAUUCGCAACAUAUCGAGAAGCAACAAUCGAUGGCAUGCCUCUUCGAUACUCUGAUGGACGGAAUCGAGCGAAAUUUACACGUCCGGAAUCGAGAUCGAUUUACGCAAAACCUGUCGGCGUUCCGUCGGGACCUGAACGAUUCCCUCAAGUCGGCCAACAGCCUGGCGAACAGCUCGUCUCUAAACGAAAUGCUUGACUAAAUUAAAAAAAAGAAAACAUUAUUCGAGGCGAAAGCAGUUACGGUUACGACUACUCUAAAAUACUACUUCUAUCACACAAUUCAUUCGUACUUGUUGACGUUUUUUUAUGUUGAUCCACUAAGAAUAUUUAUGUUUUCUUGAUUCCCUUUCCACAAUCCUCCCAAAAGACACAACUCAAUAUUUAAAUUAAAGUUGCAAACAUUGUGUCAUUAUUCUCUUUUUUUCGUUUCUAGCUACUAGGUAAAUUCUUUUCCUAAACAAUUAAAAAGCCCGAUUAGAUUAUUACGAAAAAGAGAAAUUGUUGUACCCGAGGAAUGAUGAUAUGUGGAAUGAUUGCCGUGGACAAUGGAGCGUUUUGCUCCAGGAAUUUUACUAUUUAUAUCCAAAUAAACAGCGCGCAUUUGAGAGUCGUGUUAAUAGAGCGAGAAAUAAGCAGAAUUAAUGGUAGAUAAUUAAGAUAAGGCUUAAGAGUCAGCAUUAUGGAUUUCUUUUCUUUUGAAGAGAGAAUCGUUGUUACAAAAAUAAAGAGAAAAGUUUAUACAAAUGAAGUUUAAUGUAGAAGAAACUGAAAAAAAGUCCGUGAAAAUAGAUCUUAAGUAACACGCAAACAAAGCAACAACAGAUUUAAUGUAAAAUUCGCUGCUGUGAAGAGGACAUGUAAUUCAAUUUGGCUGAAUUGAGGUCAGGUUCGCAAACCGUCGAGAAGUUGAAGAAGAACUGUAUAAUGCGAAACAAUUUUGUGAAACGAACCAAUAAUGUUGUAGAGGUGUUUGUAUUUCCGAAUGGAUUUUUGUGUGGGCGUUAGAUACAAAUCUAGUAAACAAUGUGAGCGAAUAAGACGAAUUGGGAGAACGUAGUUUUUAGGGAAUUGCUGUUGCUAAAUUGCGCGUUCAGUGAAAACAAAGCAGGAAUCCAUACAAAAAAAAAAGAAAAUUAAAAAAAAAACAGAAAUGAAAAUAAAACAAAGCCGAUAUUAGAUUUUUUACGAA